CCACGGCCACAGAACCACGGUUACCGUUCGCGCCGACAGCUCCAGACUCUACUCAAGUUUCCCGCCAGGCAGGGAGUCCUGUCUCGCCAUGAUGACCUCACAAUUACGUAUUUCCGGGGCCCUGCGGAAGGACUGCGUUCAAUCAAUCCCGGAAGCGGAGUCAAGGCGAAGGACUCUAAAGAUGAGCGAACCAGAGCUGCUGCUGGACUCCAAUAUCCGGUUAUGGGUGGUUCUUCCAAUUGUUUUCAUAACAUUCUUUGUUGGGAUGAUUCGUCACUACGUGUCCAUCUUGCUCCAAAGUGACAAAAAGCUCACUAGAGAACAAGUGUCUGACAGCCAAGUCCUAAUUCGAAGCAGAGUCCUCAGAGAAAAUGGAAAAUACAUUCCAAAACAGUCUUUCCUGACACGGAAGUAUUUCUUCAAUAAUCCAGAGGAUGGAUUUUUUAAAAAAACAAAAAGGAAGGUAGUGCCCCCUUCUCCAAUGACAGAUCCUACUAUGCUGACAGAUAUGAUGAAAGGGAAUGUAACCAAUGUUCUACCCAUGAUCCUCAUUGGCGGUUGGAUCAACAUGACGUUCUCGGGAUUUGUAACAACAAAGGUACCAUUUCCCCUGACGCUGCGCUUUAAACCAAUGUUGCAGCAGGGAAUUGAGCUGCUCACUUUGGAUGCAUCCUGGGUGAGUUCUGCUUCAUGGUACUUCCUGAAUGUGUUUGGACUUAGAAGCAUUUACACGCUCAUCCUGGGUCAAGAUAAUGCUGCAGACCAAUCUAGGGUAAUGCAGGAACAGAUGACAGGAGCAGCAAUGGCCAUGCCCGCAGAUACUAACAAAGCCUUUAAGGUCUUCAGGAGACUCAGCCUUAGCAGCCUACUCCAGUCUUACAGUGUGUAUAAGCUCCACAGCCUCCUGGAACUAGCAGAGGUGAUAGCCCCAAUCCCUGUGGAUGUCAUCAAUUCUGACAUGAGGCCUGCAGCAUUCUCAGAGACGGAAUGGGAAGCUUUGGAAUUGACUGAUCAUCAGUGGGCAUUAGAGAAUGUGGAAGAAGAGCUCAUGGCAAAAGAUCUACACUUUGAAGGCAUGUUUAAGGAAGAGUUACGGACAUCUAUCUUCUGAAAGCAGAGCUGAGUGAACAUAUGCUUUGCAUUUUCAUGCAAAAGGCAUUUUAAAAAAAAAUCGGUUACUUACUAAAGUACACUGUACUUUUUGAUGCUCAGAAUAAAAGAGACCAUGUUCAGAACUGCAA